AUGUGUGAAAGAAAUACGGGUCAACACAUGGGUUACGCUUUCGUCAACUAUGUACAUCCUAAAGACGCUGAAGAGGCAAUCGGGAAACUGAAUGGAUUGCAUUUACAAAAUAAAAUAAUCAAGGUGUCGUACGCUCGGCCAAGAUCAGAAUCAAUAAAAGGAGCCAACUUAUAUGUUUCUGGUCUUUCUAAAUCAAUGUCUCAGCAACAACUGGAAGAGCUGUUUAGUUCGUGUGGUAAAAUUAUUUCGUCGCGCAUUUUACACGAUAGUAAUACUGGUAUAUCAAGAGGAGUUGGAUUUGUCCGCUUCGACCAGCGAACAGAAGCAGAAAAAGCAAUUAAGCAAUUCAACGGAGUAACUCCCCCUGGAGCAGCAGACCCAAUCACUGUUAAAUUGGCCUGUUCUCCAUCCUCACUGUCGACCAUUCUUUCAUCGAUAACCAAUAGAUUGAAAAAUCACAAUAAUGAUGUUCUUUGCUCGAGUGAGAAUUCGCUUCCAACUCGGGAUCCACGUAUCAAAUAUAUGAACAAUCUUAGGAAAGCCUUGAUCGCUCAUCUCGUUAAUCCAGCUCCUGCUUCUAAAUAUCUCACAAAAUCCGACAAAGAUGAAUUAAAUUUGAUGAUUCCAAACCAGCUUCGUGCACGUUCAGAAAACAGACCAAAUGUCACACGAUCUGUUUCAGUACGAUUUCCAAACAACCUACAAUGUCUCAAUCGUUCACCCUACCACCCAGUAUGUACAAAUUCAAUUGAAACAAUCCGUCCAUCUAACGGUAAUUAUCUGCUAAACAACCCACAAAAUCAAAACAUUCAUCAACAUCAAACAUCUCUUAAUCAUCCUUAUCACACGCAUAAUUCUGAUCAGAAUCAGUCAAGUGAACAUCAGCAUUAUUAUAUGCAAAACCCACAAUCUCAACCAAUACUUUUGCAACAGGCUCUUACAACUCCAGCAGUAUUACCGACACAGUUGACACCUCAACCUCAACUACUUUCAGUUCUUCCAAAUCAUCAGACGCCUGCAAUUUUAUAUCCAAGUCUUGUAUUUCCUGCACCUGCUGCUUAUCCAAAUUUCGCUGGAUCAGUCAGUGGAAUUCCACAGCACAGUUACAUGCAAACUUUUGGCUGCAUGACAACACCUUCAGCCGGAUACAAUGGAACAAUUCCUAUUGAAUCAUGCAAUUCUGGCAUAACUUACCCUUUUGCGCCUGGGAUGGUUGCUCCAGUUGUCACACCUCGAACCACUCAAGCAACAGGUUUUUCAUCGCAAACUCAAAUAAAUAAUUCUGUUUUCAUUCCACCUUUGUCAAGUCUACCACAUGCAUUCCCUACAAACGCAUCUACUAGAUAUGCCACGUCGGCGUUACCUCAAUCUUCUGAUCCUAAUGGAUUAGGUGGCUCCAUAUGGUGUGUGAUGGUAUCUAAUCUACCUCCAGACAUAGAAGAAAUAUCUUUGCGUCACUUAUUCAGUCCAUUUGGUACUGUUCUAUCCAUUCAGAUUGUUAGAGAUGCAGGCUCAAAUUACUGUAAAGGUUAUGGCUUUGUACUUAUGGUUAACUAUGCUGAGGCGAUUAAGGCCGUCAUAAAUUUAAAUGGGUGCGUAGUGGGAGGCCGUGCACUGCAAGUAUCGCUUAGAUUUUCCAGACUCAUAAAUGCUGCUGCCAAAAGAGGAAAGUAA